AUGAAUCAACGAACACUCCUAUUAUUUGCUGCUAUAUUUUCCUUAGUUAUGGCCAGGAGUAAAUUUGAAAUAUCCGAACCGGAAGCCCCUGCAGAAAUUCCGGAGGAGUCCGAGGAAUAUUAUGAAGUGGACGAUGACGCCGAGGAGCUCGAUACCGAACCUUUGGCUGAUGAGAGCCCGAUUCGGCAAUUACUGUUUUAUCGGGAAAGGAAUCUGGGAAAACUACCUCUACCUCGACGGGUUUUCCCUGUACUCCGAAAUGGUCCCGAUAAACCGGCAAAGCAACUCGACCUCUCCAACGAUGUCCUAUUCCCGUCAUUUUUC